AUGACAUCAUCAACUACUGGAUGCUCUUUCUCUUCGACGAGUUCGACGCCGAGCAAGAUCGUGGUGCUCAUCGGUCUCCUCGGCAUCCUGAUCAACGUAGCGAGCGCGACGGAGCCCCUGGGCUUCAGGCCCAUGACGCCGCAGCGCGGCCAGCGCAUCGGCGAGUCACGGCUGCCGGCGCCACAGUGGGGCCAACCCCACGAGCAGAACGUGCAGGGCCUGCCGGCGGCGGAGCUGGCCCAGCAGAGCACGUCGAAGGUCCCGCCGUUCUGGGCCCCGUACCUUGAGCAGCGCGGGUACCCCUUCAGGCUGUGGGUUCAAGAUGUGAUGUUGUGGUGUGCGGCGACGGAGCUGCAGCAGCACCAGCGCGGCCCGGCGAUCGUCCAGCGGCUCGGCGGCACGGCGAGGGACCUCUGCCGCGAAGUGCCUGUCGAGGCCAUUGCGCACGGCAGGUACGACCAGCUGGGCAACCUGGUCGAGGACGGAGUGCAGAUGCUGAUCACAGGACUCAAGCGGCGCUUCGGCCCGCUCGAUGUCCAGUCCUCGAUCAGCACCAUCGUCGAGCUGCUGACAUUCCGCAGACUGGAGAGGGAGAGCGUCGACGAUGCGAUCACGCGCUUCGAGGCUCUGCGCGCCCGAGUGGCGCAACUUGACGAACCGCUCGUGCUGCCGACGCCGGUGCUCUCGCUGCUGUUCUUGGAGGCCCUGCAUGUGCCCAAGGCCGUGUACCCCCUGGUGCUGCAGUCCAACGGCGGCCAGCUGCCAAUGACGAUCGACCAGCUGAACAGCGUGAUCGGGAUGGUGCGGCAGCAGGGCCACUUUGCGGAGCACACUCAUGCAGGACCUCAGAACUUGUCUGAAGGAUACCGCGGCAAAGGAUAUCACGGUCAUCAUUGGUUCACGGGCGAGAAUGACAGCGGCGCCAACACCUGGAACGACACGGCCGCAUACAUGUAUGGUCAGAGCGCAUCCAGCGCGGCAGGGAGCGCUGGAUCCGCACCACAGCACUACGUGGUCCAGGACGACGAGGGCUACGAUUGUUGCGCCGUCUGCUCGAGCUAUUUGUACGAAGACGAGCCCGGGGACGAUGACUCGAUGACCGACGACGAUGACUUGGACACUUCCCAGUUCACUCAGGAGGAACUACAGGAGUAUUACGGCGACUCCGAGGGCUGGGACUACGACACCCUGUUACACGAGUACAUGUUCGCGAAGCGCAGGUUUCGCCACUUUGUUCAACGGAACAGCCGCCGCUCUCGUUUCCCGCGCAGCAACUGGUCUCUUCGUAUGAACAGCGGCAAGGGUGGCAGCAGCUUCGGACGUGGUCGAGGCCCCGGCAAGGGAUACCACUUUGGAGGAUCGGUGGUGAACCCAGGCUCGCUGGCAGGAGGAAAAGGUAAGAAGAAGAAGGGCGGCAAGCACUACAUGGCAGGCACGCCCGGCGCCACCAAUCCUCGAGGCAGUGACGGCCGCACCAUGCGGUGCCACGAGUGCGACUCGGAGACUCACCUCGUGGCCGCCUGCCCCAAGCGCAAGGGCAAGGGCAAGGGCAAGCAUUUCAUGUCCUGGAACUCUGGCAGCGCCUCGACGGGGACGCAGCAGGUUGGGGCUCCUGCCGCCGACCCAACACUGUCCGCCUAUGCGCCUGUGCCCGCGCAGCCGCGGACUGGAGCCCUGUCUGGAGUGCUGCACUGGUUUGCCGAGGACGCCCGUACGCCCGGCCUGCGGAUCGACGACCUUGACGAGGACACCUGCCGCGAGGCUCUGAGCUGGGAGACCCUGGACAUGCGCGACAACGUCGCAGAGCACGACAUACUGACGGAGAUCCAGGCCAGCAUGCAGGACCGAGCUGCGGAGGAUCAGCCUCCGACGACAGCUGGGCGAUCAGCGGCCUCGACCAGCCCGACAUGGUUCCCAUGGUGGCGAGUCGAUCAGUUCGAGAACGCCAGCGGGGAGACCUACUUGGUUCGCACCCGCAUGAAGGACAGGAGCGGCGAGGCUCUACUGGUGGACCCCGGGAGCCCAGGCAACCUUACUGGCGAUGAGUGGGGUAACAGGAUGGCAGCGCGACAGCAGCAGGCAGGACGUCCACCGCCUGUCCGCACCCCACUCGACCGUGUGCUUGAGGUUGGAGGUGUGGGCUCAGGAUCUCAGCAGGCCACGCACGCAUAUCGCUAUCAACUGGCGCUGCAGGGAGGACAAGCCGCGACCUACGAGGCGCCGGUGCUCCCGAACAGCAGCGUUCCGGCACUGCUCGGGCGAGCAUCGCUGCGGGACCAGCGCAUGCUGCUCGACUGCUUCAACAAUCGCAUGUACCGCAUCGGCCCGGGCGGCUACUCCCUGCGGCUGAGCCCAGACGGGAACAUCGGGGAGUUCGGGACCCACGAGGACGAUGGCAUUGGCGACCUCGACGACCUCAGACUCGACAUCCUUGCCUGCAGCAACCGCCCCGACUCCCGCAUCCACCAGGACGGCAAGCAAGAAGACCACUACGGCGACGUCAUCCGGCAGCGGGAAGUACAGGGGAGACCGCCAUUGGCAUGGGUGUUCGGCGACUUGCAGAACCUGUGCCAGAAUGCGCUGCACGGAUGCGGAUAUGCGGUGGGUCGCAACUGUGAUGUUCACAGAUUCCUCGGGCAGGAGGAUAAGUGGGCGGAUUCCUUGCGCCACCAGCAGCCGGAGCUCGUUUGGAUCAGCCUGGCUCAGCCGGGCACGUCGCGAGGCACUCGCAACGACAAGCGAGCCAAGCGUUUCGAGUGUAAGAUUGCUCGAGCUCAACUUGAAGGGCAUCGCUGCUGCAUCGUCGAGGCGGACGAGGGCAGCGCAGUGUGGGACAUGCCCGACAUCUUGGAGCUGCUGGACGACAGGAGGUGGCACUCAGUUUCAUUCGCGGACGACGUCGACGAGACAGGCUGCAAGGUGAGUGCGCUGACCGCGAGCUUUCCCACCGAGCAGAGGACGCGCGACAAGGCGCGCAAGGCAGCAGACCCGGAGCGCAAGGUGAAGAAGAGGCCACAGACAGUGGAGCAGGUCUUCGACGACUGCGGCUCCGAUUUCACGAAACUCUACGUGGUGAACGAAUACGAGCUGGACGAGGUGUGCUACGGCACCGAGCUCAGGGAGGACCAGCACAUCGAUGAGCAACCGUACAUCAUGAUGUCCGAGUUCUUUGGUAUGAUUGGCUCGGAGGCGCACCUGAACGAGAAAGACGAGCAGCAGAACUUCUUCAGAUCAGUCAAGGAUAUGGACACGCACAUGAACAUCUACUACGGCCACCUGCAGUACGACGACGUCGCGGAGUUGUGCGGUGGCGCAUCUGGAACAACCCGGCUACUCGUGCGACGAGGAUAUCGGGGCGGUCCCAACUUCGACCUCGUUUGCGACUGCAACUUGAUGACUCACGAGGGCCAGAGGCAGUUUUGGGAAUAUCUGUAUCACGGCAGGCCCCUUGUCUUACUCAUUAGCACGCCCUGCACGAGCUUGAAGGGGUUCUCGGCGCUCAACAAGGUCAUCAACUACGACGGUUGGCUUCGCAGUCGCAAGACAUCAGUGGGGCUGGCUCGCAUCGCCGCUGCAGCGGCGUGUACUCAGAUGGACGCUGGACGCCACUUUGUGUCGGAACAGCCGUUGGGCAGCGACUUCUACAAGCUCGACGACUGGCAACACAUCGCCAACAACUACGCGGUGGUGUGGUGCCAAGUCGACCAGUGCAUGGCCGGCAAGAUCGGGUGGCGAACGGGACUACCUAUCAAGAAGUCCUCGGAGUUCUGGGCUUCGGACGAGCGCCUGCUCGCCGGACUCAGGAGGUUUCGCUGCGACGGCCAGCACGAUCACGCCUUGCUGGCCCAUGGUGGCCGAGGACACCAUCCAGAGCGUGACAAAUGGCGACUAGAGAACCCCAAGGAUCAUGCGGAGUGGGCGAUUGGCAUCUGCCGGGAGCUGGCAGCGAGCAUCUCCCAGAUGGUGGAGCGCGUGAGGCAUCAGGGACACCACCUCGUGGUGUACGAGUGCUACCCCACGGCCGAUGUCACGGAUGCCCGGCCUGCCGGAGUGGUCGCGCGGCCUCAGACACACGACAUACCCGAAUACCUGGAGAAUGCCGAGCAGACAGUGUUCUCCCAAGAGCAGUUGGACCUCGAGACUUACGACCGAGACAACCACCAGCCUCUGAGGAGCCGACUGCGAACCAGGCACCGAGCGCCGCGCGAGCCGACGCGCCAGAUGCCGAACCUGAACCGCCACUGCCUCCACCUGCGCCUGCGGAGCGUCGACCUCGAGUGGCUCGAGCGACAGCGGCGGCACGGCGACUUCGAUCGCGUCUGCCAGCAGCUGGAGAGGCGGAGCCGGACGAGCCAUCAGGCGGCGCCUCGGGAUCGGCAGACGCUAUUGGUGAGGCACCCGCCGCGGAGCAACCGGCUGCGGCCCCAGCCGCGCCAGCCCGAGGCGUGGAUGCGGGGACGCAGGCCCGAGGAAGUGACGAGCCAGGCUGGACUGCAUUCGACCUCGGGCACGCGCUUCGACUACUGCACAGCCCACACCAGGAAGUCGUUCGGCGACAGCUACGACGACUUCAUGUUCGAUUUUGGCACGCUCCUGCAGCUCGCCUCAAGCAUGACGAUAUCUCGGCUCGCGACGGGUUUCAACGAGAUGGUGCAGUGGGACAUCCUCUACAUCGGCGAACAGAUGGUGGCACACAUGAUCGAUGAGGCGACCCGCUGGACGGUGCUACAUAUCCUGGAACGCAAGACAGCGAUCAUGAUCAUCGCCGGCAUCACUCAGGGAUGGCUACGUCCUCACGGCCCUAUGAAGCUGCUGGUUGCCGACAUCGAGGGCGGCCUCCAUGGCGAGGAGGCGUACCAGUGGCUGGACCGCUGGGGCAUUGAGAUGAAGGCCAAGGAGGAGGGCUCGCACGCGCAGCUGGUGGAGCGCCAUCACGACCUAGUGCGCAAGAUCAUACACCGCGUGCAGGCCCAGCUUGCGGAAGAAGGCAUUGUGAUGCCGUUGGAGAUCGUGAUCAUGGAGUGUGCCCUCAUCAAGAACCUCCUCAUCACCGUGGCUGGCUACAGCCCGUACCAGGCGGUGUACGGCCGACUUCCGCCCCUGCUCGCCGAGUUCGAGCCGGUGAGCGACUGCCAGAUCGACGACCAAUCGGCUGGCAUUCCAGGGAUCUCCCGACACCAUCAUCGGCUCCGCGAAGUCGCAAUGCAAGCCAUGGUGGAGAUGACCGCGAAGGACAGGCUGAGGCGCGCACUUCGAUCCAAGACACGUGCCCCGCACGAGGCGCUGCAGCUGGCGGUCGGCGACCAGGUUGACUUCCACCGGCCGCCGAGCACGAAGGAAGAGUCGGGGUGGCGCGGCCCAGCUACCUUGCUGCAGGUCGGGCCUCCAGUGCUCAUUCGAUGGCAGGGCCGAGUAUUUCAAGUGCGACCUCAGGACCUUCGGCGAAGCCUCGUCUACUUCGUGAUGUUCACGAACAACAUCUUCUUUGAGGCAGGAUCGCGUGACCCGGUGGCCACCAUCAUGAGCUACGCGGACCAGCUGGACAGCAAGGUCGUGCGCGUCGGGUGGCUCUUCGACGCCGGGUGGAAGCGGACCGCGGACAGCCAGAAGCUCAGCGAGCUGGUCCUGGCGGUGCUGCACGUUGCCGCCAGUGGCUUCUACCUGGUGGGGUGCAUCGGCGCGCGAGUGGGCAACGGCGUGUCUGUGCUCGAGGGCAUGGUCGGAUGCGACCACAGCUUCCUGUGGUGGUGGCGGCGCGGACGCCCAGAGCUGUCCUGGUACCACGAGGCGUCUGGAUCUGCUCGACUGAAGUUGGCCCCGAUAUUUGGCAAGGAUCACUGGCGGGACGUCAGCUUCGUGCAGUUCAUCAUGACGGACGACGAGUCCGUUCGCGAACUUCGGCGACGUGAACCCGAGGAACCGCCCGAGUUGCAGGAGGAAGACUUCGACAUGACCUGGCAGGACAAGCCGAUAUCCGACACGAGGCCCUCUCCUGCCUCGGCUGCUGCCGACAACAUUGUGCCGUCCGUGAAGCCGCCUGUGAAGCUAGGUGCAGGCGAGCCAGCCGCGGCAGUUGAGGCCCCUGCACCCCGGCACGAGCCAGUGCUCCCGAUCAAGGAUGAUGGCGGCAAGGACGACGACGGCGACUCGGACAGCGACGCGACCCAGGAGUACCUGUUCGCGAGCUGGCAGCACCUGAAGGAGCAGGCCGCUCUUCCUGCUGUUGACGUCGAGUGCGCUCAGAGAGACUUCUUCUUCGCAGCCCCGGACGCAGAUCAUGUGGCAGAAGCAGCAGAGGAUGAUUCUUCGAAUUCCCGACCCGACUGCGUCGAGAUCGGCAUAGGUGCGCCACUCAUGUAUUGGGUGCACCCUGAGGUAGAGCACCUGCGACGACCUGGGUCAGAGGAGAUUUACCUCCUGCGCGUCUACAACACGGGCAAGCGCGAGAUUGUCGUCGAGCGCGAGAUGAACGUGCUCACGCUGGAGGAGGCCCGAGCUCACGAAGUUGAAGUACGGCAGGCCAUGAAGGACGAGCUCCAGCGCUGGGCGGAGUUGAAGGCAUUUCAGCGUUUCCCGAAGGAUCAGGCGACCAACAUCAUCGACUCCCGCUGGGUGCUCAAGUGGAAGGAGAUUGACGGCAAGAAGCAAGUGCGCGCGAGGCUCACGGUGAGAGGUUUCAAGGACAUGCAGUCACCGGAGCUGUCCACCUUUGCGGGUACUACGACACGAUGGGGACAACGACUGGUGAAUCAGGUGACUGCACAGCGCAAGUGGCGAUUGUUCUCAGCGGACAUCAGCCAGGCGUUCUUGCGCGGGCUCACCUUCGAGCAGGUCGCCGCCAUGGACGGCGAGGUCAAGCGGAAGGUACAGUUCACGAUGCCGCCAGGAUCGAUUCCAGUCCUCCGGCAGCUGGAGGGCUAUGAGGACUACAACCCUGUGACAGAGGUGUUGUUGCUCCUGCGCUGCGGCUUCGGUCUGAAGGACGCGCCGAGGCUGUGGCAGGUCAUGUUGAAGCAAGUGCUGGAGAAGACAGGAGGCAAGGCGCUCAUCAGCGACCCGCAGAUCUACGUGUACCACGACGCGAAGGGUGAGCUGCAGAUGAUCAUGUCCUCGCACGUGGACGACCUCAAGGGCGGCGGCGAGGACUACCUGCGGGAGAAGGUACUGAGCAUGAUCGAGAGCGAGUUUGGGAAGCUGAAGCGCCAGUACGACUGCUUUGAGUGCAUUGGCAUCAUGCACGAGCAGGACCCUGUGACCAAGGCCAUCUGGACGCACCAGCAGCACUACGUUCAGCAGCUGCGACCGCUCCAGGAGGAUCAGUACGUGAUGGAGAACGAAGAUGGCCAGGUGAGCGUGGAGAGCCACGCGGCAUAUAUGUCGCUGCUCGGAGGCAUUGCAUGGAUGACGCAGACGAUGGCGCCCAUUGCAGUGUAUGUCAGUUACCUCCAGCGACAGGCCAAGAAGCCGGCGGUCGGAGACAUCAGGAAGAUCAACCAGCUGCUGAAGUGGAUCAUGGUGAACGCCAAGCAGCUCGGAGUUCGGUUCAUCGAGUUGGACAUGACCCGAGUGCGGCUGGCCGUCGUCAGCGACUCAGCUUUCCACGCCAUGGAGUUCGAAGGCUUGGCGAUCCGAGGCUGUGUGAUCAUGUUGCUGGAGGCUGACGACGAGGUGCUUCAAACUGGAACGACGUAUAGGAUCGUGAUGCUUGACUGGUACAGUCGCAAGCAGAACAACGUGGUCAGGUCCACCUACGCCGCGGAGCUCAUGGCGUUGUUGGACGCGCUCGGGACCGGCACUCUCAUGAAUGUGGCGAUGACCGAGAUCAGUGAAGGAGUAUGCACGGCGAACCAGAUGCGAGUGCGGCAGGAGGCUGGCGACCUGGUGUUGAAGAUGAUUGCUGCCAUUGACGCGAAGGCAGUGUUCGACGCCAUCUCCGCCGACACCGUCAAGGUCACCACGGACAAGCGGAUGUUCGUGCCGACGCUCGCAGCACGUGAGCAGAUAGACCGCCGGCAGCUGGCACAGCUGAGCUGGAUCGACACCUUGGACAUGCUGGCGGACGGGCUGACGAAAGGCGAGCUCGACCGGACAGCACUCGUGAAGCUGGGUUUCAGCAACGAGUGGCACCUGAGCGGGCUGCAGCCAGUGGCCUUCUCGGCGCGCAGCGUGCUGGAGGGCCGCGCAGAGCGCUCGAAUUCCCGACCCGAGUGA